UCGAAUAACGGCACGAUAGUUUGUUUAGUGUUUUGACAACGCAACGCGCAUCCGAAUGCAGCCUCAUCGCAGCGACCAAUGUUUUCAAAACUUCCGCUUUUUGUUAGCGCCUAGGUACUGCAGCAGGGUCGUGCCAAAUCAACCCCGUCACUUGUCCGUUAAUGACUAUAAAACGGUCCGGUAUGCUCCCAGCAAUCAUCAGUCGCAGUUGAACAGUAUCAGCCAGUGUACCGCUGCAGUAGUGCUUCGAGAACCGUCAAAACCACCAACCGUAAUCAUCAUGAGCAAGAUCUGCGCUUUGCUUUUACUCGCCACCGUCAUCAUGGGCGCCAUGGCCAGCUACCAAGCCCCAGCUCAACAGCACGGAGGAGGAUACCACGCUGCCCCGGCUGCGCACUCAUACUCUGCCAAGGCGAAGUGCGGAGCUAACUUGAUGGUCGGAUGUGCUCCUAGUGUUGCCCACGUACCCUGCGUGCCAAGCCAUGAACACGGCGGACACGGUGGACAUGGCGGAUACUGAGCGGCUGCACCUGGCUAGAACUGCGACUGUUGACCGAACAGCGAACAAAUCUGGUUGAUGUGAUAGAAUGGUGUUAAUUGUUAUGGAUUUAGUUAGGAGAGAUGAAGAAUGAAUAAAUUGUUAGUUGGAACUAAAUCUGAGAAUUGUUUCUUGUAUGGAUCCGUUGAUGGUU